AUGAACCCGGGAUUUUUGCUAAUUUUUGUACAAUUCCUCGCGGAAUCUUCCGCAUUCCGCUUGCAAGGUGCGGCAGUCCGCGGAGCUCUCCGCUGCCACGGAAAACCUUGGCGGAAUGCCAAGCUGAAACUCUACGAUUUGGACCGUAACCCGGGAGACGAGGACGAUUUGUUGGAUGAGAAAUAUAGCGAUAAGGAGGGCUGGUUUCAGGUGGAUGGCACAACCCGCGAAUUGUCCGACAUUGAACCGGUGCUGUAUGUUUAUCAUGAUUGUGAUGAUGGAAUUAGGGUAAGUCGGGGUUUUUUCUGGGGAAAAUUUGCGAUUUUUUGAGCCUAAAUGUGCCUGGGAGCCUUAAAAUGGCCUAGAAAUCCAAAUUUUGAGCUCAGAAGCUUAAAAAUGGCCUAGAAAUCCGAAUUUUGAGCUCAGAAGCUUAAAAAUGGCCUAGAAAUCCAAAUUCUGGUCUAGAAACCCUUAAAAUGGCCUAGAAAUCCGAAUAAUGAACUCAGAAGCUUAAAAAUGGCCUAGAAAUCCGAAUUUUGAGCUCAGAAGCUUAAAAAUGGCCUAGAAAUCCAAAUUUGGAGCUCAGAAGCUUAAAAAUGGCCUAGAAAUCCAAAUUUUAAGCUCAGGAGCCUUGAAAUGGCCUAGAAAUCCAAAUUUUGAGCUCAGAAGCUUAAAAAUGGCCUAGAAAUCCAAAUUUGGAGCUCAGAAGCUUAAAAAUGGCCUAGAAUUCCACCCCAACCAUAUUCGGUCUCAAAAAAUCGCAAAUUUUCGUGCCAAAAACCCCUACAGUACUCCCGGACCGCCCAUUUUUUCAGCCGUGCCAAAAAAAGCUGACAUUUGUCAUCCCGAAAUCCUACAUUCACCAUGGAAAAGCCACGAGAGUCUAUGACGUGGGAAUUCUGAAUUUGGAGAAAAAUGAGACGAUUCCGGAGAGAAGUUGUAAUCAUUAA